AUGGUCGUCACGACUAGAAGAGCGGAACAAGCCAGGGCUAUCACCCCUGAUGGUCACGUACAAACUGUACAUUCCAACUCCCCGCCAUCCAUGCGUUCAGCCCUAGCUGCACGACACGCUGCAGAGGCUGUCCCACCAGUACUACUAUCUGCCAGGCCACAGUUGCCAGCAGCUGACGCCGGAAUAGCUCAGCCAGGUCACCAUGCACCUAUACAUGAAAUGCAAGGAGAAAAUGUGGUCCCUGACCAGCCCCCGCCGCCGGGAGUUCACUUUGGAAUGCCAUUCCACGCUGCUGCCCCUCUAGUUCACCCAACCGCUUAUCGACCACAACCAGCCCGCAGUCAACCGGUAGCGAUCUAUAACACUCAUCGAGCCCCCAUGGGCGCCCCACACCCACAAGGACCUUACACCCACAAUAUCGCUGCUCCUUUCCCCAACCUUACAUCGCUGGUCCCUAAUCACGCCCCAGCUCUCUCUUACUCCAUUGAGGCCCCACAUAUACCUCAUUCACAGCCAGACCACCAAGCCCACAACCACAACGUCAGAAUAACCCCUACUCAUACGUCAGGGCACAACAAGCCCUUGACCGACAUCCUGCGGUUGACUCCCAUACCCCUAGGCUUUAAAGGCCCCUCCAACAUCGCCACAUAUGUUGGAGAGACAGACCCUUUUGAAUGGGUCCAAAAGUUUGAAGCAGCAAUGACGCUGCAUGGCGAAACGGACCUCCUUAUGUGCAGAACUUUCCCUGCCCUUCUGGGAGGGAGAGCGCUGACAUGGUACACUACCCUACCGACUGGAAGCAUCGCGUCCUUGGACGACUUAGCAAGUAAGUUCCAGUCCCACUUCGCAACCAGCCGCCCCGUGCCAAAGUCCGUUCACUCACUCGAGAAAAUCCGCCAACAAUCUGGGGAGUCUCUUCGAUCCUUUUUAGACCGCUUUGACAAAGAAGCCCUACAGGUGCAGGGCUUAGACCCAAAAGUGCAGGUUCAUAUACUCCUUUCAGGCUUACGAGCGGGGUCGUUUGCCUACGAGCUAGUGCGCCACGAAAUUACUGAGCUAGAAGAAGUUAGGAAAGUGGCCCAGGAGUAUAUGAGAGUUGAAGAAUACAAGGGAAGUCUAGCUGAUGAUGCCUACAGCCAAGAGAAGGCAGCCAGCAAAAAUAAGAGCCCAGCAGAAGAUAGUAAGAAGGGACAUAAGGGAAAUCAACGCCCUCAGCAGCCAGCUAGAGAAGUCGUGGUCUACUGCAAGUUCCACCGCAGUAACGGCCACAUUACUGAGGAGUGCAGGCACCUCAAAGAUGAGAUUGAUGAGCUCAUUAAGGGCGGUGCUCAAAGAAGAGAUGGCGAUGGUGCACGCCCAUCGGGAACCGGAAGGCGGUACAAGGAGCGCAGUAAAUCGCCAGAGAGACGACGAGCGAGGCAGGUGAACUCUCGACCACGACAUGAACGUGACGGAAGAGAAGACUCUCCAAGGAGCCGAAGAGCGCAAGCAAGCCCCAACGACAGAGGAAGGCGAGACGACGAGGGAGAAGACCUCGCAACCGUCAAGCACGGAGUUAUAAAUAUGAUUUCCGGAGGAUUGAGCGGUGGCGGUGAGACGUCGAACGCCAGAAAAAAGCACUUGAAGCAAUGUAUGGCGGUUGCUGGGAAAGUCAUUAGUAAAAUAGACUCAAGUCCGACCAGGCCCAAAAUUGUUUGGGAUAACAGCGAUCUAGGCGAUGUCCUCCCAGGACAUGAUGACCCUCACUUCAUUCAAGCCAUAAUUGCCAACUAUGGUGUUAACCGUGUAUUUGUCGAUCACGGCAGUUCCGUUGAUAUUUUGUUUUUGCCAUGUUUCAGGGCGCUGGGGUUUACAGUUGAUGACUUAACCCCGGUCGCAGGAGAACUUUCAGGUUUCAACACAACCAAGCCGUUGGGCGUGAUUAGUCUACGUCUCUCCUUCGGAACGCCGCCCACAUCAAAGUCAGCAGAUAUCCAGUUCUUAGUGCUAGACACUCCUUCUGCGUAUAAUGCCAUUCUCGGCAAAAGAAUGUUCGUCGCCUUUGAGGUGAGCAUCUUCCAUCCACACUUGGCGAUGAAGUUCGUCGCCAGAGACAAUAAGGUCGUAACGGUGAAAGGCGACCAGAUAAUAGCCAGAAGUUGCUAUAAUUUAUCCUUGCGACCAAUGACUAAGGUAACUUUCAAAGAUCAGCCAGCAUCUCAACAAGUGGGGGACCUGCCCACCAAUGAAGGACCUGCCAAGAAAGGGGGAGCUCACGAUCAGUGUUUCCUGGUAGAAUUUGAUGCAAGAGAUGAUUCGCGAGUAGAGCAUGCUAGGCCCACGCCAGACGGUGCAUUAGAGCACGUCGUGCUGGGCGAUGAUAAUCAUCAGACAACAACCAUCGGGGCGACCUUGGAUCCCGAAACAAAAGACAGGUUGAUCAAGCUGCUGAGAGACAACAGAGACCUAUUUGCAUGGAAACCAUCAGACAUGCCAGGCAUCGAUCCCGAAGUAUGUUGCCAUCGUUUGUCCAUUGACCCCAAAGCCAAGCCCAUUUCCCAGAAAAAGAGAAAGUUUGGCGUCGAGCGCCAAAAGAUCAUUGAUGAAGAAGUGAAAAGACUCCACGACGCAGGGUUCAUCCGAGAAAUCAAGUACACCACGUGGCUAUCCAACCCUGUCCUGGUUAAGAAGCCAAACGGGGCGUGGAGAAUGUGCGUAGAUUAUACUGAUCUAAAUAAGGUAUGCCCUAAAGACGCAUACCCUUUUCCUAGCAUAGAUCAGCUGGUUGACAACGCGUUCGGUUUCAAAAUGUUGUCGUUCAUGGAUGCAUACUCUAGUUACAACCAAAUACCUUUGCUGGAAGAAGACCAGUGUAAGACGACGUUCAUCACCCAGAACGCCAACUAG